GGAGAACUUCACUCAGACCUGCUUUUGCUUUUGAAACGGCGCAAGUAAAACGGCUAAACGCCGACGACGACGCUGUCGUUCUUGAGAGGUUUUUUCGUUAAAAGAAAUACUUGAACUCGAGUGCUAUUAUCUGGAUCAAUGCGAUCCUUCUUUUCACUGUGAUCAUCAAGCAUUCGUCAGCUCUUCGAGAGCGAAAGAGUUAAAGUUUGUGCGAGUGUCUAGAGCAGUGGAAUAUUUUUUUAUUUCAUCUUUUUAGCUAACCUUUAAAUUAAUUUUUAAAAAUAAUUAUAUUUACGAAUUAUUUAUAAGGGUCAGUCCUGAAAACAUAACAGAGAAGACGUGCAUCUCAAACUGGAAAAAAUUGGGCAAUACAUCUAAACGUCAGCUCCAUAUCAAUUAAAAGCUGACUGACUGCAAAACAUUGUAAAGGAUCUAGAGAAUUGUAGACUCCAGACUGGAUUCUAUGCGCACGCAGGAAUAACACGCGCACACGCCUUACAAACACCGGCAGAAUCUGGGUAAAAAAUAAAAGCCCAUAGUCGACUGCUUAGUCCCAGUGGAUCAACUUUUCUCCCCACUUAAUUCCAGCUCAUCGUCAUCACCACUGUCUCCUACCUCGUGUUCCACGCCGGCCGAUAAAAUGAAUGAGAAUGAUAAGUCAGUCAAGAGUGAGAACUCCCAGGCGGAGGAAGAAGAAAUGUUUGAGCGGGAGCUCGCUGAAGAUGCUGAGUGGAAAAGGAUACAGCAAAAUACAUUCACGAGAUGGGCUAAUAAACACCUCAAGGCAAUCAACAAGUAUAUCAAUGAUUUGGAGUGUGAUUUGUCUGAUGGAUUAAACUUAGUGAGUUUAAUUGAAGUUCUAUCACAAAAACGUCUUCCAAAACACAACAAAAAGCCCAACUUUCGAUCACAAAAAUUAGAAAAUGUGGCUGUGGCAUUACAAUUCCUUGAACGCGAAGGCAUACGAAUUGUUAAUAUUGAUUCCUCAGACAUCGUCGACUGCAAGUUGAAACUCAUACUUGGUUUAAUAUGGACCCUCAUUCUCCAUUACUCAAUAUCCAUGCCAAUGUGGAACUCCGAAAACGACGAAGAGAAAAAUGCCACUCCAAAACAGAGAUUGAUGCAUUGGAUCCAAUCAAAAUUACCUGAACUGCCUAUUAAUAAUUUUACGUCCGAUUGGAAUGAUGGAAGAGCUGUUGGUGCUUUGGUGGAUGCUAUCGCACCAGGGUUAUGUCCAGAUUGGCAAGAUUGGAACCCCAAGGAUGCAGUUCAGAAUGCUUCUGAGGCCAUGGGUCUUGCUGAUGAUUGGCUUAACGUGCCACAGUUGAUCAGUCCUGAGGAAAUGGUAAAUCCAAAUGUUGAUGAAUUAUCAAUGAUGACCUACUUAUCACAGUAUCCAAAUGCUCAAUUGAAACCUGGUGCACCAUUGCGCCCAAAAACCAAUCCCAACAGAGUUCGUGCUUAUGGACCUGGCAUUGAACCAAAAGGUCCCAUCGUUAAUGCACCUGCUAAUUUCACCGUUGAAACUUUCUCUGCUGGAAAAGGAGAUGUAGAAGUCAUUGUUGAUGAUCCUAAAGCUCAAAAAUUACCAGUAGACAUUCGAUUCAAUAAUGACAGAAAUCUUACAUAUUCAGUUUCUUACACACCUAAAACUGAAGGACCGCAUAAAGUAAGAGUUCUCUACGCUGGACGUGAAAUCCCAAAGAGUCCAUACACUGUUAUGGUUGAUGGAAAACCAGGUGAUCCCAGUAAAGUUACUGCAAGUGGACCUGGUCUUCAACCUGACGGUGUCAUUGUCAAUCGACCGACUUACUUUGAUAUUUUCUGCAAUGAUGCUGGCCGUGGAGUGCCAGAAGUAAUAAUUUUGGAUCCGCAGAGUAACAAAACAACAGUACCAGUGAAACUUCGUCAAACCUCUCCCAAUGUUUGGAGAUGUGAAUAUUCAUCACCGAUAAUCGGCUUACACUCAGUCAAUAUUUUCUUUGCGGGAAAAUUGAUUCCCAAAAGCCCAAUGGGAGUAAAUAUUGCACCAGUAUCAGAUGCAAAAAAAUGUCGAGCAUAUGGUCGAGGUCUUUUACCCAACGGUGUUCGAGUUAAAGAUGUAGCAGAUUUCGUAGUUAUCACCAAGGACGCUGGUGAAGGAGUGCCUGAAGUUCGAUGUAUUGGUCCUGGUGGUGUUAGUUUGCCAAUUACAAUCAAUAAAGUUGAUGCAAAUAAUUACAAAUGUUUCUAUGUACCGGAAAAAGACGGUAGACAUGUCAUUAUGAUCACAUAUGGUGGAAAAGAAAUUCCUAAAUCUCCAUUUGAAGUAAAUGUUGGACCUUACAAGGAGUCUUCAAUUAGAGUUUUUGGUCCUGGACUUUAUGGAGGAAUGGUUAAUCAUCCAGCAAGAUUUACUGUCGACACUAAUGGAGAAACUGGAGCUUUAGGCUUUUCAAUUGAAGGACCAUCUAAAGCUAAAAUUGAUUGUCAUGAUAAUGGAGAUGGAACUGCUGACGUGACAUAUUUACCAACCGCACCAGGCUUUUAUGCUGUUCACAUUCUUUGUGACAAUGAAGAUAUUCCUAAGAGUCCGUAUCUCGCUACAAUUCAACCUGAAGCUGACUUUCGUCCAGAUCAAGUUGAGGUUCAUGGACCUGGAAUUCAACCAGAAGGUGUUGCUCGAGACAAACCUACGCAUUUUACUGUAGAUUCUAGAAAAGCUGGACAGGCUCCACUAACAGUUGCAAUUCAAGAUGCUCUGGGAAGAGAAGUACCAGUGAAACUGGACAACAAGCAUGACGGGACAGUUCAAGCACAUUACGUGCCAACAUCUGGUUCUCAGCACGUAAUCAUGGUAAAUUAUGGUGGAGUUGCAACCAAAAAAUCUCCAUAUCGUGUGAAAGUUGCUUCACCACUGAACCCAGCUAUGGUAGCAGCCUUCGGACCAGGUCUAGAAAAAGGAAUAAAAUCCAACACUCCAACUCAUUUCAAUAUUGAUUGUCGUGAAGCAGGAAAUGGAAAUCUAGAUGUAUCAAUGAAAAAUCCUGAUGGCCAUGACGUUCCUAUUUCUCUCACAGACAAUGAGGAUGGAACUUAUACUGUUGAUUAUGUUGCACCUCAACCAGGAACAUACACCGUUAAUCUUAAUUACGGCGGCCUUAAAGUACCUCAGUGCCCGAUUAAAGUUAACGUUCAACCACAUGUUGAUGUAUCAAAGAUCAAGGUCGAUGGACUUGAAACUACUGCUCCAGUCAACAGCCUGCAACAAUUUCGUGUGAUAACUCAGGAUGCAGGCAAAGCAGCAGACCUUCAAGUGGCAAUAACAGCACCUUCAGGAAAUCGAGUCAAAGCUCAGAUCAUUCCUACCCAUGAUGGAUAUCUUGUCAACUUCACACCUACGGAAUUGGGCGAAUAUUUACUAGGAAUCUGCUUUGGAGGAGAACCGAUUUCGGCACAUCCUUACCGUUUUAACUGCGUUCAUGGCAGUGAUUCAUCUAAAGUUCGAGCAUCUGGACCUGGACUUCAUCAAGGAUUAGUUUCUCGACCUGCAGAAUUCGUCAUAGAUACACGUGGAGCUGGUCAAGGUGGUCUAGGUGUAACUGUUGAAGGUCCCUGCGAGGCAGCUAUCAAUUGCCGUGAUAAUGGUGAUGGAACUUGUUCGGUUGCUUACUUACCAACUGAACCUGGUGACUAUAUCAUCAAUAUCACCUUUAACGACCGUCACAUUCCUGGAUCUCCUUUUCAAGCUAUCAUCAAUCCGGUUGCAGACCUCUCCAAGAUCAAGGUCUCCGGAAAUGGCAUUCAUCCCUACGGCGUCGGAGUUAAUAUCCCCACGGAAUUCACUAUUGACACCAGAGCUAUUCCCAGAACUAUAGGGGACGAGAAUAAAAUAACCUGCUCAAUCAAAGGCCCAAGUGGAUCCAAAACUGAAAAAACUGUAACACCAUUGAAUGAUGGAACGUAUCGUGUAAAUUACACUCCUUUUGAAGAAGGGCGUCAUACGAUUGAUAUUUUGUAUGACAAUGUUCCAAUACCGGGUUCACCAUUUUCAGUAACUGUCAAAAGAAUAUGUGAUCCUAGUAAAUGUAAGGCUUAUGGUCCUGGUUUGGAAAAAGCCUAUGUUAACAAACUGAAUAAGUUCACAGUAGAAACUAUUGAUGCUGGAAAUGGAGGUCUCGGCUUGGCAAUCGAGGGUCCAAGUGAAGCCCAAAUGACCUGUAAAGAUAAUUACGAUGGAUCAUGCAGUGUCGAGUAUAUAACAACUGAGCCUGGCGAUUACGAUGUUGCUAUCAAGUUCGGAGACAAACAUAUUCCUGGAUCUCCAUUCAAAGUGUUAGUAGAAGAUGCUGUAGAUGCAUCAGACGUAAGAGCUUACGGUUCAGGGCUAGAACCUGAGUUAAUUCGUGAUGCAGUACCUGCUCAAUUUGUGGUAGACACGACUAAAUGUGCUCCAGCUCAAUUAGAUAUCAAACUCAAGACUGAUAAAGGUCAAAUACAGAAACCCGAUAUAAAAAGCCGUGGUAAUGGGAUUUAUGAAGUAACUUACUUACCUCCAGCAGCAGGAAGUAAUAUUGAGCUUGGAGUUACUUAUGGCAAUCAAGACAUUCCUGGAAGUCCUUUUAAAUUCAAGGUUUAUCCAACUGUUGAACCCAAUAAAGUUGUACUUUCUGGACCUGGAGUAUCAUCGGUUUGCACUGCUUCCUUCCCUGUAGACUUUGUAGUUGAUACAUCGAAAGCUGGUUAUGGAGAUCUUGAAGUUCUUGUUCUUGGACCUGAUGCAGUACCUCGCAAAGUUACACUCCAAAAUAUCGGGGAUGGUUUAUAUAAGGCAACAUAUUUGCCAGAUGACUGUGGAAGGUAUAAAGUUAAUGUUAAAUAUGGAGGUGUAGAAGUUCCUGGAAGUCCUGUGACUGUACAAAGUGUAUCAACUGGAAAAGCUGACCAAUGUAAGAUCAAAGAAGGAGUUCAACAGACUUUAGCUCAGGGUGAAGAGUACUGUAUCACUGUUGAUACGGAAAAUGCAGGACGGGGAGCAGUUACUUGUCGGAUUCGAUCGACAUCUGGAAGUGAGGUUGUGGACAUUGAUAUUGAAGAUAAUGGUGACGGAACUGUGAAUAUUUAUUACACUGUUCAGGAUGCAGGAGAAUAUACUCUUAGUAUCAAGUUCGGUGGACAACCAGUGCCAAAUGGCUUCUACACAUUCACGGCAUCCGAAGAAUAUCGUGAACAAAGUACUCACAAAACUUCAAGAGGCAAACGAUCUCAUAAACGACAGGAAGAACGUGUGAUUGAACAGCACAGCUCGAGUAUCCAGGAACGAUUUACAUCAAGACGCAGUACAAGUCAACACGACAGUUCAACACAGUUUAAUUCUGUCCGUCUUAAUAGCAUUCCUUUGCCAUCAACUGACGGCACAGUCACAUCUGAAGUAAAGAUGCCGAGUGGAAACGUUGACAAACCUGUGAUUGAAGAUAAUCAUGAUGGAACAGUUUCGAUAAAAUAUGAUCCAAGAGAAGAAGGUUUACAUGAGCUUGCAGUUAAAUUCAAUGGAGAACAUGUUCAUGGCUCGCCAUUCAAGUUCCACGUCGACUCCCUCUCAAGUGGCUACGUAACAGCUUACGGCCCCGGUCUUAUUUACGGAGUGUGCGGAGAGCCUGCUAAUUUUACUAUUUCAACAAAGGGUGCAGGAGCUGGAGGACUAUCUCUAGCUGUUGAAGGACCCAGUAAAGCUGAAAUAUCCUGUCAUGAUAAUAAAGAUGGCACAGUUUCUGUUUCUUACCUUCCAACUGCUCCAGGCGAAUAUAAAAUCUCUGUUAAAUUUGGUGACAAACCAAUUAAAGGCAGUCCGUAUGUCGCAAAAAUCACUGGUGAGGGUCGAAAGAGAAACCAAAUCUCUGUAGGUUCAUCAAGUGAAGUUCAAUUACCAGGCAAAGUAACUGACCAAGAUAUCCGCUCACUAAAUGCCUCAAUCACCGCGCCAAGUGGUCUGGAGGAGCCUUGCUUCUUGAAAAGACUUCCAAGUGGUAACAUAUGUGUUUCAUUCACUCCCCGUGAGCCUGGUGAACAUGCUGUAUCCGUGAAACGAAUGGGCAAGCACAUUACCAAUUCCCCAUAUAAAAUUGACGUCAAGGAUCGUGAAGUAGGUGAUGCCAAGAAGGUUAAAGUCAGUGGACCAGCAUUAAAAGAAGGAAAAACUCAUGUAGAGAAUGCAUUCACCAUCGACACACGUAAUGCAGGUUUUGGAGGCUUGUCUUUGUCAAUGGAAGGUCCAAGUAAAGCUGAAAUUCAAUGCAAGGACAACGCUGAUGGCACUUUAAAUGUUUCUUACAAACCCACCGAGCCAGGAUAUUACAUAAUGAAUCUCAAGUUUGCUGAUCAUCAUGUUGAUGGUUCUCCAUUCACUGUUAAAGUUUCUGGAGAAGGAAGCAACCGACAAAGAGAGAAAAUCCAACGGCAAAGAGAAGCUGUUCCAAUUACUGAAGUCGGUAGUCAAUGUAAACUUACGUUCAAAAUGCCUGGAAUUACGUCUUUUGAUUUAUCUGCCACUGUUACGUCUCCCGGAGGUGUUACUGAAGAUGCUGAAAUCAAAGAAGUUGAAGAUGGUCUUUAUGCUGUCGCAUUUGUUCCCAAAGAACUUGGAGUCCAUACUGUAUCAGUUCGCUACAAGGAGAUGCAUAUCCCUGGAUCACCAUUCCAAUUUACUGUUGGACCUCUAAAAGAUGGUGGAGCUCACAGAGUCCAUGCUGGUGGUCCAGGUCUGGAGAGAGGAGAACAAGGAGAACCUUGCGAGUUUAAUAUCUGGACUCGCGAAGCUGGAGCUGGUACAUUGGCUAUAUCUGUUGAAGGUCCUAGCAAAGCUCACAUUGAUUUCAAGGAUCGCAAAGACGGAAGCUGUUACGUCAGCUAUCGCGUUUCUGAACCAGGUGAUUACAGAGUGGGAAUCAAAUUUAACGACCAACAUAUUCCUGACUCUCCGCACAAAGUUUACAUUUCACCAGCAGUAGGCGAUGCUCACAAACUUGAAGUGGCUCAGUUCCCAGAGCAUGGUGUUCAACCUGACAAUCCAGCAACGUUCCUUGUACGUAAUAAUGGUGCUCGAGGACAUCUUGAUGGCAAGAUUGUUUCACCCAGUGGAGUUGAAGAUGAUUGCUUUAUCCAAGCUAUCGAUUCCGAAGAAUACUCAGUAAGAUUUAUGCCACGUGAAAAUGGAAUUCACAACAUUCAUCUUAAGUUCAAUGGAGUACACAUUAAUGGAAGUCCAUUCCGAGUUAAAGUUGGUAAAGUAGAUGCUGAUCCAGCGGCUAUUCAAGCAUAUGGAAAUGGUCUGAAGGAGAUUAAGACAGGACAGAAGACAGAUUUCAUUGUUGACACCUGCAAUGCUGGUCAUGGCGCGCUUGCUGUCACUGUUGAUGGUCCUAGCAAGGUUGCUAUGGACUGUACUGAAGUUGAAGAGGGAUAUAAAGUUAGAUACACUCCAUUGGUCCCUGGAGAUUAUUAUAUUAGCAUCAAGUAUAAUGGAUACCACAUUGCUGGCUCACCCUUCAAAGUUCAUUGUACUGGUACCGACUUGGCUGAAAGAGGAGCUCAGGAAACAAGUUCAAUUGUAGUAGAAACAGUACAAAAAUUAUCAAAAUCUAAACAAACUGGACCUGUGUUGCCGCGUUUCAAAUCUGAUGCCAGUAAAGUCACUAGCAAAGGAAUGGGAUUGAAGAAGGCAUACUUGGGAAAACAAAAUCAAUUCAAUGUUAAUGCUGGUGAUGCAGGAAAUAACAUUCUUUACGUUGGUAUGUAUGGACCCAAAGGGCCUUGCGAUGAAGUUUAUGUAAAACAUACUGGUCGUAAUAACUACAACGUAAGCUACCUUGUUCGUGAAAGAGGAGAGUACAUUGUCAUCGUUAAGUGGGGUGAUGAUCAUAUUCCUGGAUCACCAUUUAAAGUUGAUGUAUAAUUAAGGAAUAAAUAUUGAUAUUUUGAUGAUAUAAAUUAAUUAAUAAUUAAAAAGCAUUGAGUAAUGCCAUAUGUAGAUAAAAUAUAAAAUCAACUCGUCCAAAAGCAUAUUUUUAGUGCAAUAUCAAAACUUAAACUACAAAAGUGUCAGGAAUUGAAAAUUAUUUUUGAAUUCAUAAAUUGUUUAUGUAUGUUUUUUUUCGUUCAUCACUUAUUUUUUGCAAUAAUUUAACUAAAGUGACUCAGUGCUACUUUUAAUGUUAUAAUCAUGGUUAUGAUUAAUCUUACUUUUAUUAAUAUAAUUACUAUCAAAUUGUAAGCUUAGAUCAUUAAUUCUUUAUCAAUUCAACUACUGAAUAAUUUAUAUAAAUCAUUGUUUUGUUUUUAUUAUUUUAUAUCGACAAUCAAGAUGAAUAAUUUAGUUGUUGAACACACAUAUUGGCAAUAAUUAUUUUCUUAUUCAACGUUUACAUGGUUUAACUGUUAAAAUUAUAAAUGAGAAAUUCAAAAAUGUCAAUUAAAAUGUAAAUGAUUAUUUUCCAUAUUAAAACCAAUGUGCCUUUGAAAUGUAGAAGAAUAUCAAAUUACGCAGCUAUAAUCAUCACCACAAUAAUUAUGAUGAUUAUUGAUAUUACAUUACAUCGAAUCAAUUGUUUAGCAUUGUAAUUGUAAACAUCAUGUGUAUGUUAUUAUACAAUUAAUUAUAUACAUCUAAGAGAAUUAUAUUCGAUAAAUUUAUUGUCAUGAAAUAUAGUAAUAAAAAU